AUGGUACAGCACGGCACGACAAGCCGGCUAUGGCUCGGGGGGACAACUUGGAGUUUUGUGGGAAAACACUACUAUCGUCUGGACUGCCGCGUCACCCCCUUAGAUCUGCCUCUGUUAACGGAAACUUAUUUAAGAUAUAUUUUAAGUAAAAUAUUAAUUGUAUUUUUCCCAGGAAGCGUUGUCAUCGAGCGAAUAGAAGAUGGAAUCUUCGACCACAGUUUGUAUAAAAGGUCGGUGGACGAACCUCUACCGGAAGUGCUAGACCUGCGCCUGGAUGACCAAGGACAGGUAGUGCAUCUGCGACUGCGCAGACAUCCUCAUCUUGCAACAGUGUCAAUGACCCAGGCCGGAAGUAUUGAACAUGACCUCUCUUCAAUACAGGACGCGGCGGUGUAUACUGAUAGGAGUUUGGGCGCUUCUCUCGUAGUCAGAAAACGCGAGGCCGAUCCUCAUAACUUUGACUUGGAGGGAACUCUUCUACUGGGAGGAAGAGAAGUAUCGCUGACACCGUCUGUUCGGACAAAACGUGAUUCCGGAAAUAACGCUAAAACCCAUGACGUCAUUCCGAGUAACUCACAGGAUAUCGACAUGGGAAUCGACUAUAUAGAAAAUUCUGAAGAUCUUAUUUCCGAUGACGAGGACACUAACGAACGAACAAAGCGACAGACAACAGAGGAAGACGAACAUACCAUUCAGAUCUAUUUUAUUGCUGACAACACAGAUUUCGAAGGGUGGAAACUUAAUUACCCAGACGACACCGUGGAACAAGUUAAAGACCGAAUGACACUGUAUUACACAGGACUGGGAGAAUCGAUGGGAUUUCGUUACGAGUCUGUACAGGAUAUACCAAUGACACCCAGGCUAAAAAUAAACAUUGAAACCCAAGGCCUACUUAUCAUAGAGACAGCAGACGACACGCCGUGGAUCACCAACAACACCAUGGACAACGGCAACAUCAACGGCUCCAACGCCCUCAACACGUUCGAGUCGUGGAUCGCCACGCAGACAAAAUUCAACAUCCCACAGUCUGACCACUAUAUGACAUUCACCAGGAAGAACCUCGAGGGUAAAACCGGGGCAGGGGCGGUGGGUCUGGCCACGAAGGGGGCGCUCUGUACCGCGAGUUCCGUGUCCAUCGUGGAGAACUCCGUGAGCGGCAUCGUUCCAGGCAUCGCGGCUCACGAACUGGGACACAGCCUGGACGCCGACCACGACGGCUCCAACGACGCCGUGGCGUGCAGCGGCAACGACCGCUACCUGAUGGCGUCUAUCCUCUCCUUUCCGCACUCCGAGUCGACCAGACAGAGACCGUGGACGUUCUCCGCCUGCUCCGUGCAGACGUUCCGCAAGUACCUCAGUCAGGUCAGUUGUACCAAAGAUCACCUAAGUUCCCCGCCAGCUUCAAUUCACCUCGGUCAGAAGAUGACUGGUGACCAGCAGUGUCAGCUCGCUCUGGGGACCAACAUGUGCAGGGCCCUGUUCGGCCCCACGACGUAUGAGCAAUUGUGUUACGGACUGUGGUGUUACCAACCCAACUCGGUUGGCGUCUGCGUGAAAAUUUUCCCCCACGAAUACACGUCCUGUGGAAACGAAAAAUGGUGUAUUAAAGGAAUGUGUGUUACCAGUAAGGAGGCCCCGGCUGUUUACGACGACUGUCCGCAGGGUGACGAGACGGGUUACGGCUGCACGCCGGCGAAGUGUGCGACGUUGACGCCCACGCAGAAGAAGAGAUUCUGCUGCUCCACGUGUAACGCGAAACCGACAACAGCGCCACCGUCAACCACGACAGUCACAACACCUACGACGGUCACAACAACACCUACGACGGUCACAACGCCUACGACGGUCACAACAACACCUACGACAGUUACAACAACACUUACGACGGUCACAACACCUACGACUGUCACAACAACACCUACGACAGUCACAACAACACCUACAACGGUUACAACAACACCUACGACAGUUACAACAACACCCACGACGGUUACAACACCUACGACAGUAACAACAACACCUACGACAGUCACCACAACACCUACAACGAUUACAACAACACCUACUACAACAGUUACCACAACACCUACGACAGUCACAACAACACCUACGACGACAGUCACAACAACACCUACGACGAUCACAACAACACCAUCUACGACGGUAACCACAACACCUACAACAAAAGUUACAACUACACCUACGACAGUUACCACUAAGCCGACUACAAGGCCAACCACGAUAACACUCACCACCACGCCAUCAACGACACGAGUCACAACACCUACUAUUACCACGACAACAACAGUCGCGACGACUCCUACUACUACUACUACUACUACUACUGCUGAUGCUACUACUACUACUGCUACUACUACUACUGCUACUACUACUACUACUGCUACUACUACUACUGCUAUUACUACUACUGCUGCUACUACUACUACUACUAUUACUACUACUGCUACUACUACUACUACUACUACUACUACUACUACUACUACUACUACUACUACUACUACUACUCCAACUACUACUACUACUACUACUACUACUACUACUACUACUACUACUACUAAUGCUACUAUCACUGCCACUACCACUACCACCACCACUACCACUACUACUACUUCUACUACUACUACCACUACCACUACUACUAUUACUACUACUACUACUACCACCAUCAUCACUACUACUACUACUACUUCUACUACUUCUACUGCUGCUGCUGCUACUACUACUACUACUACUACUACUACUACUACUACUACUACUACUACUACUACUAAAUAUAGCUUAUCUGGAAACAGGAAUUCCCAAGUGAAAGCGCACAAGAAAUUGAAUCCCGGAUGA